CUUUUGCCAGAACUCAGAGCAGUUUCUUGAAAACUUGCUUUGGAUAUAAAUAAUGCUUUUCUAAGUCAAGCAGAUGGCAAAUUUUUUAUAUGCUUUCAAGCGACUCCAAUUGUUCUCUUGGAAUUGCCAUUUACAGAAAAUUGUGUUGGGCUGGAUUCAGGCGGGUGCAGACGGGUCUUCCAUCCCUACUCUUACUUCGGCGUUAUAGCUCAAACAAGCUUGCAGUGUUUGGGGUAUUCAAACAAGAAAUGCUCUCAAAGAAUCAAAUUUUCAAGCUUUUUUCACAUUCCACUCCUAGAAGAUUCAACCCACUGCCUUUCUUUGUAUCCACUGUUACAGAUGUACGCACCACGAACUGCUCAUCAACCAUCCCUGACUCGCUUGACCCCACUGAGUCACCCGAUCUUCCGGGUUGGCUCAUAGCAUCUGACGCUCGGAAUCCCUCUGCACCCUCUGAUUCUGAUGAAGAUUUUGUUAUUCCUCCACUUGCCAGUUGGGUUAUGAACCAAAAGCUUGAUGUGAAUGGCGACAAAAUUGCCUUGCAUUCCCUCAAUGAGAAACCCGACACUGAUAUUGAUAGAAUCUGUGGGAUACUCAAUAAAGGGUGCUCAUCUCCUGAAAUUGUUGUUGAGGCUCUAAAUCGUGGAGUAAAUGGAUCAACCGAUUUGGUUUCCCAGGUUUUGAGGAGAUAUAGUAAUGAAUGGAUCCCGGCUUUUGGGGUCUUCACUUGGGCAAAAUCUCGAGCAGGUUAUAGACACUCACCAGACACAUGUAACAUCAUGGUUGAUAUAUUAGGAAAGUCAAAGAAGUUUAAGUUAAUGUGGGAUUUAGUUGAGGAAAUGAAUCAGUCAAGUGAGUAUGUCUCACUUGAUACCAUGACUAAGGUAAUGAGAAGAUUAGCAAGGGCAGGUCAGUACGCUGAUGCCAUGGAGGCUUUUAGGGGACUAGAAAGAUUUGGUGUGAGCAAGGACACUAUGGCAAUGAAUGCAGUUAUGGAUGCAUUGGUGAAGGAGAAUAGCGUUGAGCAUGCUAAUGAAGUUUUUGUUGAAUUCAAGGAUUGUAUACCAUGUGAUUCUCAUACUUUCAAUAUUUUAAUACAUGGUUAUUGCAAAGCCAGGAAAUUAGAAGAAGCUUGGAAGAUUAUGAAUGAGAUGGAAAAGUAUGGAGUUUGCCCUGAUGUGGUUUCUUAUACUUGUUUUAUUGAAUCUCACUGCAAAGAGAAGGAUUUUCGCAAAGCUUAUGCAAUUUUGGGAGAAAUGCAAGAAAAGGGUUGCCAGCCCAAUGUCAUAACCUAUACCAUUAUUAUGCAUGCUCUAGGAAAAGCAAGGCAAAUCAAUGAAGCAGUGGAAAUUUAUGAGAAGAUGAAACAGAAUGGUUGUUUGCCUGAUUCUUCAUUUUAUAGCUCAUUGAUAUUUAUUUUAAGUAAGGCUGGUAGGCUUAAGGAUGCAAGUCAAGUGUUUGAUGACAUGACAAAGCAGGGAUUACUGCGAGAUGUUUUGACAUAUAACACUAUGAUUUCUUCUGCUUGUAGUCAUUCUCAGGAAGAAAUUGGUUUAAAGUUACUUGGGCAGAUGGAGGAAGAGAGGUGUAGACCAAGCCUUGAGACUUAUGCACCUUUGUUGAAGAUUUGCUGCAAGAAGAAGAGAAUGAAGGUUCUUAGCUUCUUGUUAAACCACAUGUUUAAGAAUGAUGUGAGUAUUGAUGCUGGAACAUAUGCUCUUUUGGUUCGUGGGCUUUGCAACAGUGGGAAACUUGAGCAAGCUUGCUUGUUUUUUGAAGUGAUUGUGUUGAAGGGAAUGGUUCCUAAAGAUUGCACAUACAAGAUGUUGGUGAAGAAGCUUGAAGGGAAGGGUAUGACAGACGCCAAAGAAAGGAUUGAAAAGUUAAUGGCACAGUCAAAAGAGACGAAGGAUCCCUAAGUAUGUUCCAAAUGGUUCUCUUAGGACUGGUCCCGUUGCUUUGUGUCAGUACCUUUGCUUCUAGGCUCAUCAACAUGAUCAUGAUUGUUACUAUAGUACUCCUGAAACUUCUUUUAAAAAAAAAAUUUUCCUUAUAAUUGAGUUGAAAAUUUUUUAAAUUUGAUCUAAAAGAAAAUUUUAACUUCAGCUUCAAAAUUUUAUAUAUCCCAAGUUUUCUUUGUUUUGAAAUAUCUCUGUACCAUUAUCUCUCCUAAUUUCUUUUUUGGUUUACAUCUCCUGCGGGUAUAUAUAAUAUAAAUGAGAUGUAAGGAAAAAAGAAUGUAACGACUGUGUAUUUGGAGACACACAGAGAUACAACAGCUUCUUUUGUUU